AUGUCUCGAUCGGUGCAUGUAGCAUCUCUUGUAAUCUCUGGUAGAUCAUCCUCUCGACAUGCCAAGCACCACCGCGAAGCUGUUUAUGGUGCGAAGGCUAUUGCCCGGGAACAACAGCGAGCAGAGGAGCGGUAUCGGUUGGCGGUCACAGGACUGGGUGCUCAGAGUCUUCAAGCACUCUCAGAUAUCAGAGAAGAUGACAUUCCCAUGGGAGAUGUGAGCGCUCCCGAUAAUCCAUUCGCUAACACCGGGGAAGCAGAGGGAGCAGGAGCACCAAACACAGGACAUGACCCUUCAUCUGCGAGACCGCAGGACGGCAUGGAGUGGGAAGAUAUACCCGAGGUCCUUCAAGGUGAUGCGUCUUUCGUGCAUGCUGUGCGGGACAUCGUCGGCUCUGAGUGGAAGGCACGGUGGUAUAAAGAUGCGCGCACUUGGUGCCAGCGCAUGCAUAGGAUGGAUGAGAACUGGCAGCCCCUCAUCCCCGACCUUAUCGAUGCUUAUCUUACCUGGAAAUACGCUCCUGAGCAGCCUCCCAAUGUGCCUGCAACUACAGAUGACCCUUCCCCCUAUGACUUCAUGAUCAAUGUGAUGGAUUUCUACUCUCUCGCUUCAUCGGCCACCAUCUCUCGUGCAGAGGACUCUAGGUCCAUGGCGCAUGCACUCGUUCUCAAUGGCUACCUAGAGACAUCACCUGUUUUCCCAUCUAUGGCAAUCUCACUCAAGACAUUGGAGCUCCUCCGGAGCUUGAGGCUCGUCAAGGCUUCAUUCAGCAUUGAAGCCUUCGGAGAGCCACCACGCCGGUGGAGCUGCAUGUUCUGUAUGGAUGGGAACAAUUUGCUGAAGUGGAUCGCGCAGGUCGGGAACCACAUUCGAGGUGAUACCCGAGUCUUUGUCAAUAGCGACUACUAUCUGUCGCAGGAAUUUGUCGACAAGUACGUGGACGAAGUGCCACCACGCCAGACCUCGAGCACCCCAAGCAACGGUGAUGAUCUGGAAGAACACGGCCAGGAGGACGACAUCAAUUGCGGAGAUCCAGAGGGAGGGGACCCGACUGAUGGGGCAUUCAGCGACAUUAUCAUUCCUUGCAUGGAGAACUGGAAGGCGGCGGCGGCGGAUGAAAAAAAACGCAUGUGGGGUAUUUUUGAAGAGACUGGGAUCUUUGCGAGCGCAUGUCCCCACGGGUUCAUCCUGUGGCUAAUCGACAUGGUUCGUAGCGGUGAGCUGGCAAAAUAUCCGCUUACUACCAUUGCAAAGGCGCUGGAAGUACUCAGUGACAAGACACUGGCAGGUUACGACAUCAGCUGCAUCUUUGAGGAUACAAUACAGCGUAGCUCACUGGGACCUGAAUGGCAAUGGCGCCGGUGCCGUUGCUGCGUGAAUGCAUUCCACGGCUACUCCCACAACUAUCUUUGUCAACUCACGAAUCACCCGAACAUCAUCGAAGGUAUGGGUCUCGAAGACCUUGAGACGAUGGAAAGGAUAUUUAGCGCAUCAAACAACCUUGCCGCCAUCACACGCUAUGCGUCGGGAUUUCGCCAGCGCCUCUUCAUCGAUGCUUUCUUCCACCAGUGGGAUAUAGAGAAGUACGCCAAUCUCAGCACUAUGUUAUUCAACAACUAUGUCCAGGCUCUCAAGAUCAUCAAGGAGGAUGGAGCCGCACUCGAAGAAGCCAUAGCGGCUCUUCAGAUCAUGCAUGAAGAUCUCGCCAAGUGGUCGCAUGAGGAGCGUGAAUACUUCAAGAGCCUCGGUGAGGAACCCGAGUGGGAUAUCCACGCCAUGGCCUACGUCAAAAGUCUCCAGGAGUUGCGCACCAUCACAGCACACCUUGAGAACACGUCCACCCAGUUCCUCGCCACAACACCCAAUGACUAUAUAUUCAUGGAGCCGACAUCGGGGCGUGUGGCAUAUAAUGUGGACGUAUCCUGGACUCGCAAGCUUGAGACGAAUAAACAUUAUCUCUCCAAACACCAAGCCAAGGUCCAUCAUGAUGUCAUCGUGAUAGAAGUUAAGAUGGGCAUAGCACGUCGUUGGCAGCCAACUGAUGAUGAAUACAUCACCACCGUCAAGUACAUUUCCACUCGCAAGUACCAUCAUGCUCUCGACAACCUGCAGCAUCUCAUUGUGCACCCAUAUCGGGUCCGUACUCACAUCGCCAAAUCGCUCCAGGUCCGUUGCAAGGCGAUUCGCAAUGCUGUCAAGGUGUACAAUGCUGCUGCCAAUGCCCUUGUCCCUCCACGUCCCACCCCCGACUGGACGAAGGUCUCCCAUUACAGCUUCAUCGACGAGUUCCAUAUUCUCAAGGAUACCCGCAAUGAUGUCCGUCAGAAGGAGUGGACAAGGCCUGCUGUUCAGGAAGCAAUGAAGCAGGCACGUCGAAUUGCCCAAGCACAUGUCGAGCUCGAGCGGUGCAAUGUUGAGGUGCGCUGUCUUCAUACAUCCAUCCGCAAUGAGGAAUUGCAAUUUACUGCAGUCAUCAACCAGCUGAAGGAGCAGCAAGCUUCGAUCUGUGGAGCGCGGCUAUACACAUUGAAUGGGUUCACUGGUGCCCCAUCCCCUGGGCAGCGGAAGGGGUCUGCGAUUAUGGCCCCUCCUCUGGCUUCUUCGUCAUUGGCCCCAGAUUUGGACGAUGAUGUGGACCCUGAAGUGGAGGAGGAGGAGGAGGAUGAGCUCCAGGGGGAUAUCGGCGGCAUAGUUGAUUAUAUGUGCAACCUCACAGUUUAG